CUUUCAUUGGAAGCACAGUUUUUAUUUAAGCAUCAGAGCGGCCACCAUGAAAACAGGUUCUGAAUGGCAAGGUACAUCUUGAUAAGCGGUCCCCAGGAUGUAAUCUCACAACUCUUUGUGGCGCCUCUUUGUGACGCAGCAGGCCAGAGAAUUAAACCUUGAGAAAAGCUCCUUAUGAGAGCAGCAUAUGGAUAAUCAAAGAGACAGGCUGGAGAAGGCAGACAGAACGAGAGACGGCAGAGGAUGAGCUAAUGAGGCAGACAUGCUCGGUGAAGGAAGGAGCAGGUGGAGGGGAGCCUGUUCUCUCCACACUGAACCAAGAAGCUGGUAGCAGCGGGUGCUGGCCGGGCCUGCAGGUGGGAAGCUGCCUGCUGCUAGGUAGCUCCUCAGCAUGACGUAGCACCAGCUUGAUAUGCAAGCAUGCGGCAUGGCUUGUCCCUGGGUUUUGUUUCAUUGCUGGGAAACUGGAGGCGCCCAGGUUAUUUGUACAUUGGUUGGAAUAAAAUGAUUUGCCACGGUCCCUCCAAGGACUUCACGGCUGUUGCUGUGCAGCACACAAGGCCAUUCGCAAUUUCAUGGCCUUGGAUCUUCUACUCCUGAAGCACACUCUCUGCAACCAGAGCAAAAAGGGCCCUUAGCUAUGUUCCAGUGUGAGAAGAGGGUCUUGUUCCAGUCCUCUCCCUCUCAGCUGCAUUAUCCAUCCACACCGGGAUGAUGAGGAGUGGUGGUACCAGGCAGGAGUCCUGCCAUGGUUUUCUUUAUGGGUGCUUUGCAGACAGACAAACCUGACUGCAAAUCUAGAAGGGGACAGACCCUGCAGCUCAGGCUCAGGAUGUGCUGCUCCUGCCUGCUGGGCAGGGGCAGGAAUGGUAACUAGGGGCUGAGGUCCCUCAGAAGAACACUUUGGGGAUAGAUGUUCCCACCAGCAAAAACACGAACCACUCAGUGUGUCUGUGCCAUGCAAGGUUAGCUGUGUUGGUGUCAACUCCUCUUUCAGUCUCAUAAAAGCUAUAAGGCCUGGAUAAUGCUCGGUGGCACUGAUGUGAUCUGCUGUGAUAAGGGGAAUAGCUGUUUUCUGAGAAGCUAUAAAAGAGAACGAGGAAUCUCAAGUGAGCGCUGUGUCUUGUCUAGUUUGUGCAGUGCAGGACUUAGGGCUUAGGGCAGCUGUACAAAAUCAUUCUUUUUCCCCAGACACUGACAGUCAGAGCUGUUCUGCAGCAGAGUAAGGGGCAUACACAUGAAAAUGGGAUUCCAUAAGCUCUGUGAGCAGUGGGACUGUGACAGGAAGGGUUCUGACACUGCUACAGAAGGCAGAGCUGCCAAGACAUGGCUGUGACCCCUGCUGGUGCCAGGCUUUGUGCGUGCUGCAUGGAAAUCACCACCGUGAUACUCUGGUUUUAAUUCACCCCCAUCUGAAUGAGAGCAUCAGAUCUCAGCAUCAGAACAGCUGUGUUGUUCUGUCAGGGAGACCCUGUCUGGCUUCUUCCAGUGUAGGGCUGUGCCUUGCUUCAGGAACAUGGUGCUGGGAAUAGAAGAGCAAUUAAGCUGAGAAACUAGGGUGCGCUUCAUUAAGGAACACAAACUUCUCAAAGUGUGCACUGGGCUGGGCUGGGGUAACACUGCAGUACUACCCCACAUGCUCUCAUCAAGGGGCAUUAGUGGUUUUGUGCUUUUGAGGUGGCUUAAAAGCAAUUUCAAUCACUGUUGUUUCCCCCUGAGAAGGGGGAGGUUCGCAUCUCUUCUUCACGCUGCCCUACUUUUUGCUGAUUGAUACUGGGUUGUGAGGAGAUGAGACAGGGAGGAUCAGAGCAGUCCAUUCCGGCUGGACAAACCCACAAAGGGCAGAGAUGAAAGCGCACAGGCUGUGGGUUUUUUAGGAAGAUGUUGUUUCAGUGGUGGUGUUCUCAGUUUGUAGGUUGGCAGUGUUCAGCAGGAGGGAGGUGUCAGUGCCUCAGUGCAGCAGCCAGCAUCCCCCUCAGCCCUACCUUGUUAAAGCCUUGACUCUCAACUGCAGUCUGUUUACCACUCCUCUCCUAACUUUGUCUUUCUCUCUCUUGCACGUUCCUCUUUUCCUCCUCCCCUAUUCCCAUAGCGGUGGGCGUGCAAAUCAAGCUGGAGUUACUCCAACGCAAGUUCUGGAUGGCCAUGCAGCAGGUAGGAGCACCACUGAGCAUGCAGGCAAUGCAGUGCUCUUGGUCAGCUGGGCCAGGGCUGCAGUGCAUCAUGCACAGUGAUGGUAUUUUCAUAAAGGCUGUAGUGAAAUUCAUAUUAAAAGAUUUUGGAAGUAGAUUAGUUGGAAGUCACACGUUUCCCUAAUCCUCUGACAGCACUAAUGCUGCCUGAGCCCCAGGUCUGCUCCAUAAACACUGUGGUGAUGGUGUCAGCAUCCCAGCCCAGCAUUAGCUCUGCUGCAUACGACAUUUAAUUUUGGAAAUAUAUCUCUACUCAUCCCGCCUUUCAGAAACCUCAUGGAAAUCUGAAAUUUCAGGAACAUGGGGGAAAAAAAUAUUCUGCCCUCUUUUAUCAUCUUGAUGAUGGUAACAGAAUGCUAUGAGCUUGCCAAAAUACAAAUGAUUUGCUGCAGGGAUAAACUUUCAAUGUUCUGCUAAUUCUGAACCCUUGCUGCGCCAUGAGGAAUUACUGAAGCUGUCCUCCUCUGAGGGGUAGGAGAGGGGAAACCCCAUCCUACUAGCACCGGGGGCUUUCCCCAUGGGUUUUGCCACUGGGAGGGACAACAGACUCUGGGCAGGAGCAGCAUGCAGUGGACAUGAUCUUGGUGGUCAGCAGGGAAGAGGCAGAAGGUGAGGGCUGUGGAAACAGAGGGCUGGGAGGGUACUAACGAGGCUUGGCAGCAGGAGGCAGAGGCACCCCAUCUCUUGCAGACCAUAUCCAGGUGGCUCAAACACAAACACGGGUGCAAGCCCGUUUCAGCUGUUAAUUGACAAUAGGGGUGCUUAUGACAGAAGCUGAAAGGAGGCUUGUGUGCCAAGCACCUGUACAACGUGGUUGUAGGAAAAACCCUGCCGGGCUUCCUGUGGCUGCAGCCUAGCAGGGGCAGUACUAACGGCUCUGUUUCCUCUCUCCUGCUGCCCUGGACACACUGCAUCGGCUGCCCCCAGCCCAACGACACCGAUGUAAGUAGGAACUGGCUGGCACUGCUGAAUACACUGGGUGCCAUUGCAUGGAGGUCAUGGUCUGCAGGGGGUAGGAGGGUCAUGACUUUCUGGGGCCUACAGUCAGGGGAGACGGCCCCAGCCUGUAUGUCCUACAUGUGUGACCUCCAAGUGGUCACACUGGCUCCUUAUGACCGUAUUACCCUGCUUUGCUGUGUUUAAAGGCAGUGGUGAGGCUGUGCUUGCAUCUGUGGGUGAAGCCAUCUUCCCCAUAGCCUUGGAGAGCCACUUGGAGCUGUACUGCAAACAAUGUGGUGAUCACUGACCCUCUCUCGAAACUGAGCAGAAGGAUGGAAAUAGAGUUUGUUCUGCUAAACUCAGGAUGAGAAACAAAUCCUACCUUAGAGUAAUGGCUUUGUUGUACUUUGAAAUUUGCUUCUUGGUAUUAAGAAUCAUCCAGAAAGAGGCUGGGGCUUCUGCAUAAUAAGGGCUUUGCAGAAAGAAAGGGCAGUGGGGGAGGGGAGAGCAGGCAGGCUGCAACACGUCAGCAUCCUCCCCUGGCCCUGGAAGACCUCUGGCAGGAAGGGGACCCCAUGUACAGAAAUGGCAAGUGCCGUGUCAGCUUCCCUUUCUCAGCUGCUAGCAUGAAUAGCGCUGAAAAAUAACACAAAGAGACAGACAUAGGCAGCCACCACCAACUCCCAACAAUUACAGAAUCAAUAAGCACCUGAAGGGCUUUGUUACUCGCCACUUAACCCCUAGUGUCCCCACCCGGUUCAGUGUUGUGAAACACAUGUCAAAUCCGGUACACAGAAAUCCUAAAUGAAACAAAUGGAUGGUGCCCGGGGCUACACAACCACCAUUCACAUCCUAUUUUAUCAUUAGCUGUCCUCAGAAUAAAGAAACCAACAGCAAUAACAACAAAAAAAUCCCUGCCCGAGAAUAAUCCUGAUCUAAAAUACCAUGCCAUGUAUUUCCCAGCAGAUGCUGAAAUGCGUGCUGUUUCCUUGCCAGCGCACAGCAGCCUCUGCUAACACAGCAGAGCUGGCUGCUGCCCCUUCCCUUACCAGCCCUGGCUCUGCUCUGGGCACAGAGUUCUGCUGAGAGUGUGCUGGGGCAGCAAAGGGGACGUUGCUCAAUGGGGAGGCACAGCACAAGGACUGCACGUGGCCAUGGACUGAUCGGCCUGAGGGUGCUUCUUGUCUUGUUCCAAAUACCAGUUGACCUGCAGAGUUUCAUGAGAUGCUGGUGUGGAGACCCUGUGCAGUCCCAAGGGGGAGAUUGGAAGAUGAGAUCAUGUUGUGAUGUAAUUCCUGCUUUUUCUUUCCAGUGCAGUGCCUUCGAUGGUGCCUGUCCACUCAGCUGUCAGGACGAUGUUCUGAAUUGCUUCCUCAUUGAUAAUAAUGGCUUUAUCCUUGUUUCCAAAAGACCUCCAGAGAUUGGAAAAUUUCUUGGUGCAGUGGAUGGCUCAGUAAUGACCCAGCUACUGAACAUGGGCAUGUUCAGGCGGGUGACAAUGUAUGACUACCAAGCAAUGUGCAAGGUGCCCUACCACCACCACAGUGGUGCCCGGCCGCUGCUCAGUCCAAUUUAUGCCUUUCUAGCUGCACUGAAAUGGCUGAUAAGUGAUUUCCUCAUCUUCCUGUUGGAGUUUAACAUGAGUAGCUUCUGGCACUCCGACAAUGUGGCAGACGCCAAGGCUGUCUUCCAUCACUCCCACAAGCACAAGAAGCACGACACGCUGCAGCCCUGCGACACAGAGUACCCCGUCUUCGUGUACGAGCCGACCAUCAAGGAGACCAACGGGCUGAUAGAAUGCGGGGACUGCCAAAAAAUGUUUGUGGCCCAGCAGAUUGCCAGCAGCAACCUGCUGCUUCUUGUGACAGAUGCCACCUGCGACUGCAGCAUCUUCCCACCUGUCCUGCUGGAUGCGAAAGAAGUCAAAUAUAUCCUUCUGCUGUGUGCUUUUGGGCUCAGGGCUGGUGAGGGUGUAAAACCUUCUCCCCUGGCAGUUCCCAUGGGGAAAAGUGUGGAGUGCAUAGCCUGCCUGUGGGAUAGCAGGAGGCAAGGAAGUGGAGCAGUGUGGUGGAGAGCAGUGCUGCUGCUGGGCCUCCUGCAUACAUUUCUGCCAUUCCCAGCCAUUGGUCAUUCCUUGUCUUCUUCUAGCUCCUGGAGGCCUCCCAGCCCAUGCCCCUGCAACAUGCAGCCGGGAGGCUGCUGCCCUUCCCCGGCUUACCCUGCUCAGACCCAAGGCCUUGCAGAAGCACCCAUAGGUUUGCACCCCAUUGCUGUGUGCUGCAAUUGUGCCUCGUCUCUCUGCCCAUGUCCUUAACAGCCCCGCACACAACGCAUCGGUGAAGUGUGACCGCAUGCGCUCCCAGAAGCUGAGGCGGCGACCAGACACGUGCCACGCGUUUCACCCCGAGGAGAACGCCCAGGACUGUGGUGGUGCUGCUGAGCUUUCAGUCUCCCCCAUGCUGCUCCUCCUGCCCCCAGCGCUGCUCAUGCGGUGACACUGCUCACAGUGGGGACACGGCGAGGGACAAACUGCCGAGCCUGUUGGGACACCUAGGUGACACCGGGGAUGACAGUGUGCCCUGGGAGGCACAGGGCUCUGCCAGGCAGAUCUUGCCUUAGGAGAGCGAACAUGUGGGAGACCCUGCCUUGAAGGAGAGGCUGGGGUUUUGAGCCAGUACAGGGCCAUCGGGGUCCUCAGUAGUGAAGCAACUUCUCCUGGUCUUGCGAUGGUCAUCAGCCAGGACCCUGAAUUGCACUGACUGCCUGCAGGCAGACCACAGUAGGCAGCGUGGCUUUGCCAUGCAGCUGCACCUCGCUGAGAACCUGCUCCAAGCACUGCCAGCACAAUGCUCAGAUGCCUCUCCAGGUGUGGGUGUGCAUGGGGAAAGGGGCUGCGUGUUGCCCACCAAGGAGAGGCUCCUCCCCUUGGGGCAGUGCUGCCCUGAGGCUGCCUGUGGCUGUCUGGGGCCCUGAGCCUGAGCCUGGCCAGCAGGCACAGGCUGCUUCUUACAGAGCUUUAUGAACAAGGGGUGGGGAGCAUCCAUCUUUCAUCUCUUUUUGUAUGAACUGCUCCAUACCAUCUCAUUAAAAAGAAUAUAUAUGGCAUAUUUUAAAUAGAUAUUUAAGCUUUAUCGUGUCAUGUUUGGUGCUCAUCAUAGCCCUACAGAAACCCCUCUCCCUGCUGAACCCAUGGGGACGGGCACAGGUGGAGGCCAUAGGAAGACGACUGCGUGCCCAGAUGCCCACAGGUGUGCUUCAGGGAGUGAUAGGGUCAGGGGGUGCUGCCCCUCAUAGCGCCGGGUCCUUUUGGGGAUGUGGUGGCUGGGUUUGCUAAACCAGAGGCAGUAAAGAGGAGAGGAUCGUUCACUGGGAGUGGAUCAACCUCUGGAGGUGGAUACCUUUUCCCUCCUGUACAUCCAGUGACCUUAUCAGAGUCAGGCACAGCCAAGGAAGGUAAAGUGAGUGCAGAGGGAAAAGGGGCUCCGUGGGGAUGCAGAGCUCAAGCAGCCCCCAGGGCUCAGAGCUGCUGCCCCCAGCACGGCUGCCCUUGCUGUCAGAAGUGAUUAAUGGCCCCAGCACCAUUCCGCUUGGAGAAGACAUGUGUGCAUGCACUGCCUGCCAUGGCUGAUUUCCAGUGCAUUAAUCCACAACAAACACACUCUCAUGGACAGACCUGUACUGGAGGAGUAAUUAUGUCCAGCUCUCCAUUCCUUCAGCCACCAGCUGGCAGAAGCAAGGAGAGCUGAGGACAGAGGCUUACCGGCAGCUGUGCAGCACCACACUGACCUGGCUCAACUCACAGCUGCGGAUCCUCCAAGGUCCUGUCCACCCCUGUAAGCAAACUGCGGGCACUGGGCUUUUAAAAAUUAAGAUUCAAAAGGAGAAAUGUCCCAUUGAGUGCCCCUACCACUUCUGGAUGUUGUGGCUGCCACCCCAGCUUGAGUCACACUGCUGUGGACCAUCAGGUAUAGCCAGGCAGAGGUGAUUUCACACAGAGAAAAACAGGAAAAUCAGCCCAACAGCACAUCAGCUGCUUGCAGUCGGGAGAGAGCUCACUCAGAGGCCCAGCUGUCCCAGAGGGGCUCACCUCACGGGGAUGAUGGGCUUGAUCCAACAGAGCCCAGCCCCAGCCAACCACAAGGCCAACCUCCAGAGUUCUGUGCAGGUUCAGCACGGCUGCAGACAAACACAGAAGGUAUCUCCCGGGUCUGGUUUGGGUGUAAUUUGCCUCUGUUAGGGAAACACAUCAGUGUUCUGGGAACCCUGCCAGGCAUAUGAUUUUCUCAUCUCAUUUGCAACUGGAGCAGCUCAGCUUUUAUGCCAGCUGCUAAGAGCCUCCGUGCCCAGUUGCUCUGUGCCAGAGCUGAAGCUGCUAAAAAAAAAAUGAGAUCAACUUGAAACGUUGCUGCAAACAUCUCUGAAUUCAGAGGCAGCAGCUCCGGUGUUCCACUACAGGUGUUAACAGAGGAGAGAGCAGUGAAGCGAAGCUCUCCGAGGUGGCUCUGGAGUGCCAGAACUGAGCUGAGCAGACGCAGUCCUGCAGGUGCACACAGGAUAGCCCGGUAAGCUCACAGACCCCAGGCCUCCUUCCUGGGGGAGAACAAGGUCCCCAGGUGAUGCUGGGGAAAGGAUUCCCUCGUGUGCUCUUUCUGUGCUGCUGUAGUGCUCGAGGAUGACCAUGGUGACACACUCAAUGUUGCCACGGGGCUGCUAUGCCUCCUCCAUAGCAGUUUGUACCUUGGGAUCUUCUCCAAGGAGCUGCUUUUUUAAGGGACUGUCUGAAAGCAUAUCAGCUGGUGCUCAGCAUUUCUGGAAAUCAGCCUUGAGAAGUGAGGCUGGAGCACUCAAAGCAGAAGUGCUGACCAGCAGGAGAGGUUGGCUCAGUGCUUGAUGGCACACAGCAGGAGAGAGAAAAAAACAGAGGGAACUCAGCUUUGCUAAUAGCUUCAACCAAAACAAACUCAGCUCCUUCGUACUAAUCAUACAGCAGAUUUAUUUCCAGCUGCUUUUAAAAAGUUAGGCAGUGGCCCUAGAGGUUCACCUUGAUUGCAGCACUUCAAUCUGUACCCACGACCUUGGCGACGUUGGCAAAGAACGAAGCGAUUUCAGAGGGAGGAUCAAGCACAGCCCCAGCCACGUGCAGAGGCAGCAGGAUGCAAAGCUUCAGACUGCCCAGGCAGCUUUUAAGUAUCGUUCCAAUAUCUGAAAACACAAUAAACCCAAUUCACAUUUGCAUCGGGUAGCUCUUUCUAGUGUAACUUGUGUAAUCUAAUGCUGAAGUUCUCUGUGCUCCCUGCAUUUGCUUUGCGUUUGCAAAAAAAAAAAAAAAGAAAAAAUUCCAUCCUGAGCCAUCUAGCUGACAUGGGUUAUUAUUUACUGGCGCUGGCUCUUACAAGGUGUGUAUCUGAAGAAUGGGAACUGAUAAACAGCACAGCUGUAGGUGCCCAGACUGAGUCUGAACCAACACGGGAGGAGGAGGCACAUCUCACUGAGGCGGCUCACAGAUGUUUGCUGACAGCUGCGCAGCGGAGAUGAAGGAGCAGCAGGCUCUGUUCCAGGCAUGGAGCUGCUCUGGUCGGCAGCAGCCCUGCUCUCUCCCCAGCUUAAUGUGAUUCCAUCCCGCCCCACCAGCCCAUGCCUGCUUAGGAGGAGGAGACACCCAUCCCCUGCAUGGGUAAGAGCUAGGAAGCAUUUCCUCCAUACCAGUAAUUCCAGUCCAGCCUUCCUAGAGAGCCCUUCCACGCUGAAAAACCCACUCCAGCCAAGGACUCCAGCACCCAUCCUCCUCCUGCCCAGCUCCUCUUCUUCUGACUCACCAUCCUUCCCACCCCUUUUCCUUUCCACAAGCUCUCACCACCAUCGAUCAACCAUGCUCCCUCCACCCACUUCGGUUCUUGGCCAGUUUGUUCCAGUCCCUUGUCUGCCAGGGGCA